UUUGACUAAAGCUCUGCCUGUCCGCCGUGACGUCACAGCACUUCCGGUCUCCACCCGUUGGCAGCCAUGAUGCAGGAAGGGCUGGACGAUGGACCCGACUUCCUCUCCGAGGAGGACCGGGGAUCGCGGGCGGUGAACGUGGAUCUGCAGACGGACGCCACGCUGCAGGUCGACAUCUCUGACGCUCUGAGCGAGAGAGACAAAGUCAAGUUCACCGUCCACACCAAGAGCACGCUCCCCAACUUUAAGCAGAACGAGUUCUCGGUGGUCCGACAGCAUGAAGAGUUCAUCUGGCUGCACGACUCGUUCGUGGAGAAUGAAGAAUACGCAGGAUACAUCAUCCCCCCUGCCCCCCCAAGACCAGACUUUGAUGCAUCCAGAGAGAAGCUGCAGAAGCUUGGGGAGGGAGAAGGAUCCAUGACCAAGGAGGAAUUCACCAAGAUGAAGCAGGAGCUGGAGGCGGAGUACCUGGCCAUCUUCAAGAAGACCGUCGCCAUGCAUGAGGUCUUCCUGUGUCGUGUAGCAGCUCAUCCUGUUCUCAGAAAGGACCUAAACUUCCACGUCUUCCUGGAGUACAACCAGGACCUGAGCGUACGAGGGAAGAACAAGAAGGAGAAGCUGGAGGAUUUCUUUAAGAACGUGGUGAAGUCUGCCGACGGCGUCCUGGUGGCCGGAGUCAAGGACGUGGACGACUUCUUUGAGCACGAGAAGACGUUCCUGUUAGAAUAUCACAACCGGGUGAAGGACGCCUCGGCCAAAUCUGACCGGAUGAUCCGCUCGCACAAAAACGCUGCAGACGACAUCAACAGAAUCGCCUCGUCUCUCUACACGUUAGGAACGCAGGACUCCACAGACGUCUGCAAGUUCUUCCUGAAGGUGUCGGAGCUGUUUGAGAAAACCAGGAAGAUCGAAGCUCGAGUGGCAGCAGAUGAAGACCUGAAGUUGGCCGACCUGCUGAAAUAUUACCUGAGGGAGUCGCAGGCUGCAAAGGACCUGCUGUACCGGAGGAGCCGGGCCCUGGUGGACUACGAGAACGCUAACAAGGCUCUGGAUAAAGCUCGAGCCAAAAACAGAGACGUCCUGCAGGCCGAGACCAGCCAGCAGCUCUGCUGCCACAAGUUCGAGAAGAUCUCCGAGUCCGCCAAGCAAGAGCUUGUAGACUUCAAGACGAGACGAGUGGCAGCUUUCAGGAAGAACCUGGUGGAGCUGGCGGAGCUGGAGCUGAAACACGCCAAGGGGAACCUGCAGCUGCUGCAGAGCUGUCUGGGCGUCCUGAAAGGUAACACUUAACUGUGUGACCCGCCUACACCAAACUGGACACGCCCCUUUGUUCACGCCCCACCCACAACCACAUGGGCACGCUCGCUGUGGGCGGAGCCUGAACGGACGGACGAACAACACGGAGAACUCUGGACCAGAGAGAGAGAGAGCACAGGGUUAAAAAAGACAGGAAGUCUGUCGUCUUCAUCACUAACCAGACACCGUCCUCUUCAUCUUCCUCCUCCUCCCUCUCUGUGCAGCAGCACCUGUCCCGGUUCUGCCGGUCCAGCAGAACCAGAGUGGAUCUCAACCUCUUCUUCUCCUGAGUGAUUUUCACAUGAAACUAAAGAGUUCACAUUCAUCUUUAGUCAUCCCAGAGCGCCUCUGUCGACAGAAACACAAACCUGAACUUCUCAAAUGUCCAAACACGAUCGUAAAGAACGUCGAACAUCUGAAUUACAUUCAGUCUGAAACUGUAAAUGUUUUCGCCGCUUCCAUUUAGGGUUUAAUCAGGGUCAACCCUCCUCCAGACCAGAAGGAGGCGCUGAUGUUCUCUACCUGACAAAAACACCAGAAGAAGAAGCUCAGUUCUGCCUCUGAUUGGUCAAAGGUUAAAGGUAGGAUUAUCCAAUCAGAGGCAGAGCAGGAGGCGGGACUUAAUGCUAAGCUGUCUCAGUAGCUAGCAUUAGCGAACAGCUAUCCAUCAGUUUGUAGGUCAGAGCGUAGUGAUGACAUCAGCUGCCUGACGUGGAGGUCGUCUGGCGAGCUAGCGUUAGCGUCAUCUGUGGCAGUCGCGUCUCUCGGUUUAUUGUGUCUUCGAGUUUCUUGAUUACGAAACGAAGUCAUAACGGCGUGUUGGUAGAAUUUGAGUGAGAUACGUAGUCGAGUUAUCAGUUUUAAACACUUUACGUGUCGUGGCUCAGCAGCGCCCCCUCCUGCUGGGUGAGAUUCUGCUGUUCAGAAGCCAAGUCCGACACAGGUAUUGAUUAUGUUUCUGGUCUCAGAUCCUCCGGGGGUCUGCCGGAUCCUGCCGGCCUCGAGCGUCCGGGGGAACGCGCAAAUAUUCAAACAUGUGAACAUCACUCAGAGGAGGCGGAGCUGAUCCUCAUCUGACCUGCAGGUCCCUGCGAGUCCUGAGAGUCCAGAGAAGUGCUUCCUGUUUCCUUCUUAAGUCCUCAGAGCUCGUUGAUCCACCAGAGAAACAAGUUCUCGUCUUCAGAGCGCGUUGAAUCUCCAGCGAAGGAGCUUGUUUCCUGUUGGUCUUUGAGGAAGGAUCUUUAGAGACUUUCAGGACUCGAGCAGUUUCUCUGCAGCUCGACGUCUUUCUGUCUUUCUGUUGUUGCUUCAGCCGCCGUCAGCGUGUCGCUCUGUCCUCAUCUUCUUCCUCUUCUGUUCUCUUAUUUUGGCGGUGUGUGUGGGUGGUUUUAAUGUGUCGGUGAACUUCCUGUGCUGCUGCUGCUGUGUGACGGCGUCCAGCUCUCGGUUCCCGUUCCUAUUAAAGUGUAAUGUCACUAAAGAAACAGCCUGUAUAUGUUUGUAUUAGUUCGUCCUCUUCAUCACCUUCGUCCCCGCCUGUACCUCUUCCUGUCCUCCAGCUGACGGUCUGUUUGCCUUAACGUCGAUCAGUUUCAUUUGUUGUAAAGAAAAAGUUAAAAAUCUGUUUUUGUUCCCGAUCUUUAUUUUCUUUUUUAAAGUUCACUGUACACGAAUGUUUUUCACUCUUCUUCUGUGACCAAAGCUUCCAUUAGUGAGUGGAGACAGACAGAGAAAUAAAAAGAGAAGAAGAAGAAGAAAAAGAGAUGAUUAUAAACUUCACAACAUUUUAGUUGUUUAACCUUCAGCAGGUCUGUAACCCUCCCUGGUCAUACUGAGACUCAAUAAAACUUAUGGACACUUUUCUUAAA